UACCAUCUAAAAAGGGCGGACACUGAACUAUCUUUGUAGCUCUCUACAUCUCUAUUCUAGGGUUAGGUUUGGAUUCUUCCAUGGCUUCCUCUUCUUCUGACCCGAGCAAGUCUGAAGUUGGCUGCGGCGGCGGCGGCGGCGGCGGCGGCAGUGCAGAGGUUUCGGAUGCAGCGAUGGCAAAUGAUAAACUCUUACUCUAUAGGGGAUUGAAGAAAGCGAAGAAAGAAAGAGGGUGUACAGCUAAAGAGCGCAUCAGCAAGAUGCCUCCUUGUGCUGCGGGGAAACGCAGCUCCAUAUAUCGUGGUGUCACCAGGCAUAGAUGGACUGGUCGUUAUGAGGCCCAUCUUUGGGAUAAAAGUACGUGGAACCAGAAUCAGAAUAAAAAGGGAAAACAAGUCUACUUGGGUGCAUAUGAUGACGAGGAGGCUGCAGCUAGAGCGUAUGACCUUGCUGCUCUAAAAUAUUGGGGUCCAGGGACUCUAAUCAACUUUCCAGUGACUGAUUAUACGAGAGAUCUUGAAGAAAUGCAAAAUGUUUCAAGAGAGGAAUACCUUGCGUCUUUACGGCGGAAGAGCAGUGGUUUUUCUAGAGGAAUCUCUAAAUAUCGGGGACUCUCUAGCCGAUGGGAGCCAUCAUAUGGUAGAAUGGCUGGAUCUGAUUACUUCAACAGUAUACAUUAUGGGACCGGUGAUGAUUCAGCGGCAGAAAGCGAAUAUGGUAGUGGUUUCUGCAUAGAACGAAAGAUUGAUUUAACAAAUUACAUCAAGUGGUGGGGAUCCAAUAAAAGUCGCCAACCUGAUGCUGGAACAAAAUCAUCAGAAGAAAAAAAGCAAGGAUUUGCGGGAGAUAUUUGUGGUGAGUUCAAAACGAUGGAACAGGAACUCCAACCCACUGAGCCAUACCAGAUGCCACAGUUAGGCUUGCCCCAUGAUAGGAAAAAGCAUGAAAGUUCUGCAGUCUCUGCCUUGAGUAUUUUAUCAAGGUCAGCAGCCUACAAGAGCCUGCAGGAGAAGGCGUCAAGGACACAAGAAAAUUACACUGAUAACGAUGAGGAUGAGAACAAAAAUACUAUCAAUAAGUUAGACCAGGGCAAGGCACUUGACAGAUCACCACAUCAUAAUGGUGUGGAUGAAAGACUUGACAUUGCAAUGGGAAUGAGUGGGGCAUUGUCUAUUCAAAGAAAUGUUUACCCAUUGACUUCAUUCUUGUCUGCACCACUUUUGACCGCUUAUAAUACUGCCGACCCCAUGGUAGAUCCUGUUCUCUGGACAUCUCUUGUUCCUAUGCUUCCUGCUGGCCUUUCUCGGACAGCCGAGGUUACCAAGACCGAGAGCAGUUCAACUUACACCAUAUUUCAGCCAGAGGAGUGAUUGGACAUCGCCUUUUGGGUCUCUGAUUUGACGAAAAGCAAGACAUCUGCUUAGCAGGAGUGGAUUGAUACGUUCUUCCCUCGGUAUUGAACAAGAGCACUACAGCAGCAUAAGCAUCUGAGACCUCGACUAGUCCGAGAAUACCCUGAGGUUCAAUUUUUGUAGGCACCGUAUGAUCCUUUGAGAUUAUAGAAUGGAAAAUAUUGCAUUGUGCAUUAGCUUAAUUGAUAUCUCAAUCACAUGUAUAGAAGAUGAUAGUGUUACAUAAAUAGGGGGUCUUUUUAAUUUUUUUUUAUAGUGGGAAUGUUUUUCUAUUGCAUGUACAGGGUUAGAGGAGAAAUCACCAAGAUAAGGGGUUAUGGCUAUUUGUUAAUUAUUAUUAAUUAUUUUC